AUGGAGUAUUACGAAUUACGCAAAUUGUACCUUCAAAAAAAACAUAAUCCAUUCGUUCCUAAGCAUCCAUUUAGAUUACUAAUUGCGGGUACCUCUGAGUCCGGAAAGACGAGCAUGGUAGUAAAUCUGCUCGUAGGAAGCAAAUAUCCAAAAAUAUAUCCGUGGAUGUCUGGUGAAAAGCAUGGUCAUAGAAUACCAAAAGGCGGGAGCAAAAAUUUUGCUGAUUACGAUUUUAUUAUGCAACGUGAAAAUGAAAGGCCAAGGGGAAAAGGUAUUAGAGGAAUUAAGCACAAAUAUAACACAUCAAUGAAAUGCAUAUAUCAGAUUUGGAGAAGCGAAGAGGCUAAUAGAAUUGCCUGGAAUCAAAUUGAUAUUUCUAAUGCGAAGUCAAGUCCCGAAGUUCCUAUAGAAACCACCCCCUUUGUGAGGGUCUUGAGAGAGACCUGUUAUUUCCUCUCCACCUGCCUUACCACUGAAGAAAAAUAG